AUUUUAUGAAGCACUUUGUUUUAGUCAACUUAACGCGUUAUGUUGAAAUAAUAAAGAGCGUUUUUUUUUCUUCGUUGGAUGCGCCAAGCGACUUUCGAUUGCACACGAUGUGUUGAAUGCUGAUGAUGAAGACGACGUCUGCAUUGGCCGGUGACUGAGAAUACAAUACAAUUUAUACGUGAAACCAGCUGGGUAAUGGUAGUAAAGUGUCAAGUUGGUGUUAUGGAACUAGAGGAAUUUUCCAUCGAACUUUUCAAAACAUGCUGACAGUGACAGCAUGGCUAUUGGACGCACCCAAAAAUACAGCAACUGUCAAAUGGAAAACGCACGUCACGGCAGAAACGCGCGCGUUAUUUCAGCAACAGUUUUGAUUGUCGCAACAAACGAACACAACAACCUCUGAAAGUGUCGAAAUACUAAGCCUAGCACAAAAGGAACCGAUUUUGAUUUGAAUUUUGGGAAAAUAAAAUUUAAUUCGUUUGGUAUCAUGGAUGAAUUCGAGUUUAGCUAUCGCGAAGUGAUUCCAGACCAAACAAAUGCACAAAUCCGAAAGGAUAUCACAAUAAACACCGGUGCUGCACAAAGUACACUUCAAGAUAUAAAGGUCAUUGAAAAAGCCGGCGGUUUUUGCUACAGUGACCUAACUCACGAAUCAAAGAGGAAUAGAUUCAUUUACUGGCGAACAAAUGGCGAUAUUUUGGAGUUGUCCGAAAUCAGUUUGGAUUUGAAUUUGAUUGACAAUGCGAUUCGAUACAAAUUCACCGACGCUCCCAUUCUGGCUGUUUCGAUUGCCGAAAGCAAUGACAAUAUCGUUGUUUUGGUUGCCACCGUCAGCAGUUUACAUCAGUUAAAAUUCAAUCAACCACGUCAAUUCACUAAAAGUCAUGAGGAAACACAGUCAUUUUCCGUUUUUCAUGGUGUUUGCACAGGACAGACAACUCGUGAUCCAACCACUUCACUCUUUUAUGUCAUCAAUCAACUAUCAGCAUCAAAUCAGCCAAUUCCACACAUGGCGUCUUGUGCUCUCAGUGAAAAUGGUCGUGAGGCCUUCUUUGCCUUCGCUUAUCAAAGCACAAUGGUUUUGUAUACAAUGAACUGUGCCACAGGCCAAGUUGCUUCCACUGAAUUGAAAGAGAGUCACAUAGUACCACGCAUUCUGACGAAUCUAACCGGAGCCUUUAGAGGAAAAAAUCCAGACAGUCAAUAUGUCACUUCAAUGGUAUUUGGCACCAUUGAUGAUGCCGUUUAUUUAUAUGGCUUAUAUCGGGAUGAUCACAUUCGAAUGUGGUCCGCCAGAACCGGUCAAUGUGUUUCAAUCGUAAACUGUGUGCCAAAUGCUUUGGAGACACGAACACGUGGAUCACGUAAUAACUUGCUUCGAAAGGCCGCUCCCGACAUGUUGUGCGCAUUCUUGUGCAGCGCUAAAGGUUCCGAAUUUAUGACGAUUCGAGUUGUUAAUGAUGGAACGGCGAUUUCAUUGCAACAGAUCAACGUUAUUCCUUCGCCUGAAUUCGAUUUAAUCGAAUUCGAUGUGAAUUAUAAGCGUAUUUGGGGUCUGUGGUGCAAUUCACAGGGCGAGUACAAUGUUUCGAGCUACUCUCUGGUGUCGAACGGUGGAUACAACUGGGCAUCAGCUGGAUUGGAAAUUCUGCCGGAACGUAAAAUCGAAUCAGGAAGCGAUCCACGACAAGCGUAUUGCUCAUACAUUUUCUAUCCGGGACGUUUUCAACGUGAAGUCAUUGACCGAGCGCUGAUUAUGUUCCGUCGCUCCAAUGUACUCUCCGACCCGAAUGUUUCAUUUGCAGCACUCAAAGACCGUGUUUGCUAUGCCGUUGAGCAGGAAGUGCAAAAUGAGCUCAAAGAUUUCGAUGUCACCGAUGAUUUGUACAUCGAAACCAGUUUCAAAGCAUGGGAACGUUUCUUUUCAUGUUGUGAACAAUACCACAUCAAGGCAACGCAACCAAUUGGCCUGGUGAAUUUAGAUUCAAUUGGUGCUGUUACUGUUAUCAAGAAGAAUGCUUUCUCAUUGCUUCGUCCGUGUGAAUUGCUCGAGCAUAUGAUGUUGCUCGGCGAAAACGUUGAAUGUCUCUCAGAUCUUGGUGUGGAUGAUGACAUCAAUUCCGAAGACUUAGUCAAACUUAUUGCCACUCUGUCAACGUUGGAGCAAAAUAUUUCUGAUGAAUACAAGGCAGAAAUUGACACUAAACUCUAUGAGUUAAACACACCAAAUGAACUCAUUUCUCAAUUGCUUGCGGACUAUGAGCAAAAUUUCAUCGAUCCAGAUUUACGCGAGGUUAUCAAUUCUGAGAUGAAAUUCAUUUCGAAAUUGCCAAAAGCCAUGACCUUGCUCUUGAAAAUGCUUCAAAUGAACGAUUCGGAAACAGAUGAAAUGCAAUUGUUCCCAAACGUUUUGCAAACAUCCCGUGGUUUUUUGUCAGUCGGUCACUUGUUCAGAAGUGACACAGGUAUCUCUCUGGUUGCUGAAUCUUUGCAUCAAAUCGCCGUCAUUCGUUAUGCAUUGUGCCGAAACCUAUUGAUUUUGCAGCAAAUUCUUAUUGACUCCAGCGAUCUGCCCAUCGACACUUUGGAAUAUAUUCGCUCAGAUUGUAUGCCCGAGACAGUUGUUUUCGUUCAGGCAUACUAUGUCAUGGUGUGGAUUUGUGAAACUUCCGAAACACUACCAACAACUGGAAAUCUGGAUGCAAGCAUUCAAAAAUUGUCAACGCUGCAGCUGUCAGACUGUCGAUACAAGAGUCGUCCAAAUCAUCCAACUACACUUUUGGAGCAAUUCCUGCGAGGAAAAGGCUUGGAAGCCGGUGUUUGGAUGUUACUUCAAGAUCAAUGCCGAGAUAUCACCGAUUUCCAAUGGAAAAAUACACUGCUGCCGCUUGCUUCGAUCGUCGGUCAAUUACUAUGGGCCGUUGAUGGAAAUUUCAUUUUUGGUGAAUGGUUGAUUGGAAGCUGUCAACAUAUUUUGAUCCAAGAAUACGUUCGUUUGCUCAAUAGCUGGUGUGAAUGGAAUAAAUAUUCACGUCAUUUCAUCGCCGCUGUGUCGCUGCUCGAUAACGGUGAACCGUACAAAGCAUUCGAUUUGUUCAUGCAAUGUGCAAAGGGUGUAAAACAAGAAGCGUUCCUCGUCAAAGUCAUCCUACAAUCGGCUGAUGAUUUAACCUUAAGUGAAGCUGUUACUCAGUACUAUUUGCGUGUAAUUCAGCUCUUUGAACAGUAUUCAUCCCAAGAUUGUGUUAUACAAUUGGCAAAAGCGGCUAUUGACGAGCUUGAUCCAUUAAGCCCUCAAUUGGCUAUGUUCCAAUCGAUUGUUUUUGCCAAUCACUUAAGCCUAGAGCACUACGAAGAGGCAUAUCAUUCACUCAUUGCAAACACAGAACCCUCACGCCGUAAAGAUUGCUUGCGUCAAUUGGUUGUUUGUUUGUUCGAGAAGCAACGUUUGGAUUUAUUGAUGGAGUUCCCAUAUUUGGGUUUGCAAGAAGAACUGGAGAACAUUAUCGAAUCACGUGCCCGUUCGAUGGCAAUCGAAGAUAAUAUCUACUACGAUUUCCUUUACGCCUUCUACAUUUCGAAAUCCACAAUGCGAAAGGCAGCGUCGGUUAUGUACGAACAAGCAUUGCGUUGCCAAUUGGAAACGAAAACACUACCUGGCCUCGAGCAUCGCUACGAAUGUUUGUUGGCAUGUGUAACGGCAUUGAGUUUGGCCGAUGACGAAUAUCGUUGGAUUGCUCGACCGGUCAUCAGCGAUGAGAUUCAAGACGAAUACGAUGAAAAUGACAUGGAAGUCGAUGCCGAAGUGGUGCCAAAGCAAAAAGUAAUUGUGAGCGAAUUGGCUGAAAUUCGAAGAGAAUUGUUGUUAACCGAUGCCAUCAUAACACUUGCUAAACAUCGCAAGGAAUUGAGCACCAUUGUAAACGCAACUCCAGAUGAUGUAAUUUCCGUUCUGUCGAAUGCUGGUCUCUAUACCGAUGCCAUUAAAUUGGCCAAUAGCUUCGAAAAACCCAUCGCUAACAUUUUACAUGGGCUGGCAUUCGCUUGUGUUCGUGCCACCGAUGAAAGUUCCAAUGACUCAUGGGCUUGGCUUCAAGAAAACGAUUUGGCCGACAUUCCGCAGAAAAAUUCACCCGGUGACAUGGCCUGGCAACUACUACAGCGACUUAUUGCACAGAAUGAAGAGGAAGGUUUGACAACGCUACACAAAGCUGUUGCUAACCGACUACUGGGAUUGGGAGAGUUUUUGCCACAUUGGCUGUUCUUGUCGUAUCGCAAGCGAAAUGCAUCGGAAUUAUUGAAUUUGUACGUGACACAUGGUCGCCUGGUUGAAGCAACUGAUUUAGCCAAGGAGUAUAUUGCAGCGAUGACCAACACUGGAGGCGAAUACUUUGGCUUAAAGAAUGCACUGCACGCAACAACAUCAGCACUUUGUUUCCCUGUUAACACCGUCGAUUCACUGUUACACAAUUUGAAAUUGAACAGCGAUGAAGAUGCAGAAUAUGCAGAAUGCCAUAAAGAACUGUCCAAUGUGGUUAACAACUACCUCACCACAGCCGAUCGCGUUUCGUUCGAUAAAAUUAAAUAUAUUCGCGGUGUUGUCAAUGCGGCCCGUUAAGUUUGGUGUUUUAAACUGAAGUAGCUUGUAAGAUAAUCUUACAUUUGUUUAAGGAAUUUUUUGUUUUUUCUUCUAUGAAUUGCGAAAUAAAUUAUUCGAAAUAGAAUGAAAA